GUCCCACAACAGCCCGAUACAACAACAUGUUGUGGUGGUACCGGUACCAUAAAACGGAGAGAUUCAAAGACAUGCCGAGCAGAUGCAACCACACUAGAAGAAUCAGAGUCGCUAACAGCUGCAGAAAAUAGACAGCACCAGACAACUUCUCUCCAGCAGCAUCAGCAGCCGGCCAUGGAAGGAGGAUAGUAAGCAGCAGCUGAGAAGCUCGAAAAUGCCUUCGAGAAGCUUCUUUCUCCACCUCGGAUCCUGCAUUUUCCUUUGCUGCUCUUCCGUCUCCGAUCCUUGCUACGAUCCGAGCUUCAUUUCUUUCGAGAAUAAUGCUAGACUCGUGCCUCUCAUUCCUUCCCAACACCUUCGGAUCAUUGAUGCCUCUUGAUCUCGAUCUCGCCUCUGCCGCCGUUGUUUACCGCUCGGAAUCGACGGCCGGGAUUUCGCCAUGAAAUCGGGAUUCCAGAAAAGUUUUGACUCAACACCUGGGCAAAGUUUGGAUGGAAGUUUCAGAAAGUCAAAAUCUGGUUUGUAUUCAUGCCUAGUAUUCGGGCGUUUCUCCUGAUCGCGGGUCCGAGUUUUCAACCUCAAGCAGGUUCAUUCCUACUUCUAGAAGAGUGUUCAAAGGGCUCAAAGAUUUUGUGAAGAAACUUGUGGACAUCCAUUCAUUUUCACAUGAUCUUGAAGAUUGGAUUCUUGAGAAAACAUGUACUGAUUCUACUGACAUGAAGCAAUUAUUCAAAUCUCCUUUCCCGAUCGAUGACCUGCGCAAACUUGAUUAUGCAUUGGAGGGGGUCUUGUUUCAGCAACUUUUCCGGAUGCCAUACUCCCUCUAUGCUUCUGAUGAUUUAAAAGAAGAUGAGUUUGUUGCGCUGGAAGACUUUCUUCAUGCAAUUACUGAUGGGUUAUGGCGUACCUUUUGGCACAAAAGCGGGCCACUCCCCUUUUCAGUAUCUUGUCCUCGACACCCUGGAUCUAGGUUUUAUACCGUGGAAAAUGCAAUAUCAAAGGGAAGGCUUGGAGCACUUUGUGGGGCCGCUUUGGUAGCAAACAGCAGUGCUGAUUUACAAGUUCAGUGGGAUCAAGUGGUGGAGCUUGCUUUAUUCAAAUCGGAUAUUGCACAGGGUAACGAAUUGGGAUUUUCGACAGCGACUGUUUGUGAAGCCCUCUUUUAUGGAUUUCACAUACUUCUCUCGAGGACUUUGAGCAAGUACAACACUGUCAGCGGGGAUUCUGUCUAUCUUCUGGUUAUGGAUUCUAAAUUUGGUGGAGUGGUUAAAUUGGGGGGCGAUCUGAGUAAGCUCGAAGUUAAUUCAGGGGACCCAUACCGCUCCGUUGUAGAAUGGGUCAAACUACAUGCGGAAGUCAAUGUUUCACCCAUCGACCGGAUAUGGAAUAAGCUAGGAAAUCCAAAUUGGGGGGAUUUAGGUACCCUUCAGGUACUUCAAGCAACCUUCUAUUCCAUUGUGCAGUGGAAAGGACCGCCUAGAAAGUCAAUCGCCUCAUUAGCUGCGGACCACAGCCUUCGAAUUCAGAAACGUUGGAUAGAGUGUCGCCUGGUUGCAAAUGGGAAUGGGCCAGCCACUGCUCAUCAUGCUAACCAUAAACAAGGAGAGAUUGUUGAACUUGACUGCAAUGAAGAUCAGAAGUCUGUUAAAAAGCAAACAACACGUUUGAAGCUUAAGCAGGGGGAGGUGAUGAUUUUGGAGGAUUCUCAGGGGCAGAAAGGAUUCCGCAUACAGGAGGCUCUUGUCAAUGGAGAGUGCUUAUCAUACAGUGCGGUUUCUCUAGAAAACCCUGGCGAGCUAUUGACUGUGUACGUAGGAGCUCACCCAUCUAAGCUUGAGCCAUCGUGGGAGGAUAUGAGCCUUUGGUACCAAGUUCAAAGGCAGACCAAGGUAUUGAACAUCAUGAAACAGCAAGGGAUCUCCAGCAAGUAUUUACCAGAAAUCAUCACCUCUGGUCGGAUUUUGCAUUCGGGCCCUUGUAGAAAACAAAGCACAGGUGGUCGAUGCGAUCACCCAUGGUGCGGGACUCCAAGUCUCGUAACAUAUCCAGUUGGGAACCCACUAUCAUCCAUUGUUGCACGAAAUGGCCCGUUUUCCUGUGAGGAAGCGUUGCGCUGCUGCAGGGACUGCUUAUCAGCUCUGAGGAGCGCGGCAUCGGCCAACAUCCAACAUGGUGACAUAUGUCCUGAAAAUAUAGUACGUGUUGAUACUUCUGGUGCUAGCCCCAGAUUUUUGUACAUGCCUGUAUCGUGGGGUCGUGCAGUUCUGGAGGAUAGGGACAGCCCCGCAAUAAAUCUGCAGUUUUCUUCAACCCACGCGCUUCAGCAGGGAAAGCUGUGUCCAGUAUCGGAUGCUGAGAGCCUCAUUUACCUCCUUUAUUUCAUCUGCGGGGGCACAAUGCAGCAGCAGGACUCUAUUGAGUCAGCACUGCAGUGGAGGGAGAAAUGUUGGGCCAGGCGGUCAAUUCAGCAGCAGCUUGGCGAGGUUUCAGCACUUCUUAAGGCAUUUGCUGAUUAUGUGGAUAGUCUCUGUGGGACUCCUUAUCCCGUAGAUUAUGAUAUCUGGUUAAAGAGAUUGAAUAGAGUGGUAGAUGGUUCAGAUAGGGGAAAGCUGAAAGAGGAAGUAGCAGUUAUGAAGUUAGAGGAUGUUGCAGAGUCUUCAGGAACUUCUGGAUGUGGUCCUUCUUUGUCGUGCUGACAUGUGGAUGGGAGUUUGUAGAUGACCAUAUUGGGAGGGUUUUUUUUUUUUUUUGCGCUGUUUGUAACUUUAGUUUAUUGAUUACCCACGAGGGUUUUGUAGAAGGGUGGCUCGAUAAGGAGUUAUAGGGUACCGACUCUCAGCAAAUACAGUUUGAUGAGGCCUUUUCAAUGCAGCACAUUCGUGACCCAUGGUUUGGUGGUCCAAACAGUUGAUCUGAUGGGAAUCACCAUUGAUGGACCAUGCCCCAGAAGUGUUCCACAUCCAUCUGAGUGGUAGCCCACAGCUAAACAGUGAAGAAAGCAUGGAACAGCGGUCAAUCUAUGGUGAUCUACGAAUUAUGGGUCCACAUAUCGAACUGAAAGCCAUGACAAACUGCAUUUGCUGAGGCUUGGCAUCCUAUUACUCUGGCUCUAUUAGACCUGCUUGUUGAGUGGCAUGUUUUGCAAUGAUAUCAAUUUAAUCAGUUGAUCUGUUGGGGAAUUACUAAUCCAGGCAUAUGAAUCUCUAUCAAGUUCCAUGUUUGCCGACUGUAA